AUGACCGCGAAGAAGACAGCGUCGGAGGACAACGCAGCGCACCCUCCUCCCCUCGGUGAGUGCGGGUCGCACGACUUGAAACUGACUGCGCCCAGACACCGAUCCAGACACGAUCGAGACCGUCGACCACAUGAUCGUUCCAAGGAGUUUGAUCGUGGGCUCCCAGCUUCAGCCUCUCGGAGGCAGCUGUUCGAUCCGUCAGCGCCGCCGGUACCCCGCAGGUCAGAAUCGAGCACACGACAUCCGCAGCCGUCGCCGGCGCGUGACGACCGGCGACCCCAGCCGAAUGGUCGGAGGCACCUGUACGACCCCGAUGCUCCACCGCUACCUCCGUCCCCACAUCGUCUGCCGCGGCAAGAUGAUGGCAGACACCGGAAUGCCGGACAUCACCGUCUAUUCGACCCCGCACUCCAUGAUCCCGUGCAAUUCGGCCGACCUCCACCAGACCCUGCGACGUCUCCGCAGUUAAGUGUUUUGCGUCGGCCCUCCCCCGCACACAGAACUCCGGAGGAAGAGGCGGACCGGGAACGGGAGCGACGGAGACGACGGGAAGGGAGUGAGCGGGGCAGCUCACAUCCUAGUCGUCGCCACAACAACUCGGAUACUCGCAGUCGUGGGAGCCGCAGUAGCGAAGGCAGCGAGAGCUUGCGUGAUCGGGAGCGCGGCCGCGGAGAAGGUGACUCUGGCGCUAAGGCUUACCUGAAGGCCAGCUACAAGGAGAUCGGCGCGCUCGAACAAAGCCUCGGGGGCAUGCACCGCAAGAUGGACUCGGACCCAGAAGCGGGCAUCUCCGUGCUUCUCGACCCCUCAGAGCGUAACGAUCCGUCACGGCGGAAUGACAUCAACGCAUGGGCCGAGCUGGUCAGCAUGCACAAGAAGCUUGCCGACUGCCACCACCACUUUCUCAAGAUCUCGCUCGACCCACAGGUACCCCCUGGCCUCCGCCAGUCCCCGCUUAGGUAUAACAUCCCUGUCCGGCUAUGGCAGGUUGGCUUCCAUUUGCUGCUGGAGCGCCUUCGCUUCGCCUGGAUGUCUCACAACGCGAUCGCGCACGAUCUCCUGACUGAUUUCAUCUAUUACGCGUACCAGUUCUACAAUGGACUUUACGAGGACGACAUGCUGUCCUCCUUCCGCUCUGCCUGGAUCGAGGCGCUCGGCGACCUGGCGCGAUACCGCAUGGCAGUGGCGUGCGCUGAAGGCGACAGCAAGGAUGCCGCCAAGCAGAAGAAGGCGCGAGAGGCGCGGAUAGACGAUGGCGAUUCGGACAACGAGCAGCCAAUACCAUCCGGCGCUAGUAUUGGGCAGGAGGUCGCGGACAAUUGGGACGUUGAGGAACGCGAGACAUGGCGCGUGACCGCCCGAGACUGGUACGCGAAGGGCAUCAUCGAGAAGCCGGGCGAAGGUCGCUUGCACCACCACCUGGCGCUGCUCUGCCGCGACGUGCGAGGGCGCGAGGGCCACGCACUGUACCAUUUCACGAAGAGUCUCUGCGCAUCACAUCCGUUUGAGACCAGCCGUGAGAGCGUGCUGCCCUUAUUCGACUCUGCGCUGCAAUACCAGCGCUCUGCACCGGAGGCCACGGCGAUGGACCUUUUCGUACGCCUGCACGGCAUGCUGUUCACGAAGAUCCAGCUCGACGACUUUUCCACAGUCAUGUCGCGUUUCAUGGAGCGACUGGAGGAGGACGCGAACCUAGACGGUGUCAGCCGCAAGGCAUGCGUGACGCAGGUCGACUGGCUGCUCAUGGGCGUCGUGAAUCUAACUGCGAUGCUGCAGUAUGGUGCAGAGAGUGGGCCGAUCCGCAAGGCGCUCGCGCAGGAGGGUGCCGCGCGUCGGAGACAACACAUUGCCGACGGCAUUGCUGAACAGGCCGAGCCGGACGGCGAUGACGAUGCGUCUCAGGCGACCGAGCCGGUCGAGGAGCCGCCAGUACUCUCCGACGGCCCUCCUCCAGUCACCUUUACGCACGCGCUCGAGCUUGCGUUUACCGUCCUCGACUUUGUCUUCAAGCAUCCCUUCCGGCAGCAGGGACUGUACCAGGUGCUUAACCCGUACCUCACAACCCUCCUGACCUUCCUCGCGACGAUCUUCCGACACCCUGCGGCCGGCGCACCGCUCGUCACCUCGAUGCCUUGGCGUCAUCUUGCCGACUUCUUGAACAGCCAGGGGCUCGAGCUCCGCGAGGAGACGCGCCUCGUGACACCUGCGCCUCUGCCAGAGGAUUGGAUGAUGCGCGGAAUGGAGUGGAUCGGCCGGCGGGUCUACGAGCGCGGAUUCUGGAAGACCAAAUCCAACUCACGCGGUUCGUCCGGUGGGCCUGCAGUGCCCCGCUCGGGCGAGCGGUUCCAGAGCGAGAUGGACGUGCUUCUUGCCAACUUUGACUCGGGGCUGGACCUCAACGAGGGUGUUGUCGAGGACGAGACUGCGGACCAGACCGACGGCCCCGUCGCCGUGAACGAGCGGCGCCGCCGCCGUUUAGCCUGGGCUGCGGGCGUGCUCGCAGCGCAUGUUGAGGGUUUCGUCAUUGAGGACGGGCGCGUCGCCAUCCGCGGUGUGCUCGCGCAAGUCAUCGACGCUCAGGAGGCGCAGCGAGCGCGCGAGAAGGCCGAGGCGGACGCCUGGCUCGCCCGCCGGCCGAAGGACACGGAGGAGCUGUCGGACAGCGACGACGACGACCCCGCGCUCGCCGUCGUGCGCGAGCAACGGCGACACCUGCGCUCGGUGCUCAAGCUGCCCACAGGCCGGAGUGGCGGGCGCAAGGCGCGCACGCCGAAGAGCACCCACCGCAUCGUGCCGGGCUACACCAUCCUGGUGUUCGACACGAACGUACUCCUGGGCUCUCUGUCGCUUUUCGCCCGCCUGGUGGAGGGCGGACAGUGGAGCGUCAUCGUCCCCCUUCCCGUCGUGACUGAGCUCGACGGCCUCAGUCGCAACCCGCCGCCACUCGGCAGCGAAGCCUCAUCCGCAGUUGGCUACUUAGAGGCGCGCAUCCGCACGCACGCGCUCACGCUCAAGAUCCAGACGACGCGCGGCAACUACCUGACCGACCUGCUCAUCCGCGCCGAGCAUCUCGACUUCAAGGCCAGCGUCCAGAACGCGAGCAAGAGCAUGGACGACCUCAUCCUCGACGUCGCGGCGUUCCAGGCGCGGCACUUCCAGGACCGUUCCGGCAUUCUCGGCAUGCCCGCGCCAGAGGACAAGGCGACGCAGGUGCUUCUCAUCACGUUUGACCGCAAUAUGCGCCUCAAGGCGCGCGCGCGCGGCAUCGAGGCCGCAGACGAGAGGGAGCUGGCGACCAUCCUGGGCAAAUAG